AUGCCUAGCGCCACGGGAGAGAACUGGGAGAAGUACAAGAAGAACUUCGCCGAUGACGAAGAGCCGGAGAAGAAGAUCACCCCUCUCACAGAAUCUGAUAUCCAAGUGCUGAAGACAUAUGGCGCCGCUCCCUACGCGAACGCCUUAAAGGAACUCGAGAAGCAGAUUAAAGAUAAGCAAGCAAGCGUAAACGAGAAGAUCGGUGUCAAGGAAUCCGACACUGGUCUUGCACCUCCACACCUUUGGGAUGUUGCUGCAGAUAGGCAACGCAUGGCAGAAGAGCAACCGUUGCAGGUAGCCCGCUGUACAAAGAUUAUUCAAGAUGAGAAGGACUCGGACAAGAGCAAAUAUGUCAUCAAUGUUAAGCAAAUCGCCAAGUUCGUUGUCAACCUAGGGGAGAGAGUGAGCCCUACGGAUAUUGAGGAGGGCAUGCGGGUUGGUGUCGACCGGAAUAAGUACCAGAUUAUGUUGCCUCUGCCUCCCAAGAUCGACCCUAGCGUAACAAUGAUGACCGUUGAAGAUAAACCCGAUGUGACAUACGGAGAUGUUGGUGGUUGCAAAGAACAGAUCGAGAAGUUGCGAGAAGUCGUCGAGAUGCCCCUCCUUUCCCCGGAGCGUUUUGUCAAUCUUGGUAUCGAUCCACCAAAGGGUGCACUUUUGUACGGACCUCCCGGUACUGGUAAGACUCUUUGCGCUCGAGCUGUGGCCAACCGAACCGAUGCUACUUUUAUUCGUGUCAUUGGUAGUGAGCUGGUUCAGAAGUAUGUUGGUGAAGGUGCCCGGAUGGUUCGAGAGCUUUUCGAGAUGGCAAGGACAAAGAAGGCGUGCAUUAUUUUCUUCGAUGAAAUCGAUGCCGUGGGUGGUGCACGUUUCGACGAUGGAGCUGGCGGCGACAAUGAAGUUCAACGUACCAUGUUGGAACUGAUCACUCAACUCGACGGUUUCGAUGCCCGUGGUAAUAUCAAGGUCAUGUUCGCGACAAACCGGCCGUCGACGCUAGACCCUGCCCUGAUGCGUCCUGGGCGAAUUGAUCGCAAGAUCGAGUUCUCGCUUCCGGAUGUAGAGGGUCGUGCUAACAUUCUUCGAAUUCAUGCCAAGAGCAUGUCGGUGGAGAGGGACAUUCGGUGGGAGUUGAUCUCUCGGCUGUGCCCGAAUGCUACAGGAGCUGAGCUCCGGAGUGUUGCAACAGAAGCCGGUAUGUUCGCGAUCCGGGCGCGACGAAAGGUUGCCACGGAGAAGGACUUCUUGGCGGCUGUGGACAAGGUGAUCAAGGGCAACCUGAAGUUCAACUCGACGGCUACGUACAUGCAGUAUAAUUAG